AUUAUUCAUUUUCCAACACUACACAGCAUUACUAACACUGCUGUCAGCGCAGCCAACUUCACGUACAAAGUUUGCUUUUCUCUAUUAUUAUUGAAAAUCUUCGCAUUAACUGCUCGAAGGGAAGUCUUACUUACAUUUGGAAAAGAAAUUUCAUGAAUCAUACGAACAAAUUUUGUAGCUUGUGAAAGGAAACUUUAUGUUAUAACAAAUUGCCGCUCGUCAAUAUAUUCGGGGCCGAAACUAGUGAGUAGAGCAGGCUGACAAUGGGCAAAAAACAAAAGAUGAAAAAAGCAGCCGCAGCUGCCGCAGCCGCCGCAGCCAAGGCCGCUGCUGAUGACGCGGCCAAGAAAGAGAACAACAACCACGGCUGUUGCAGCGGCAGCGGCGGCGCUGGCUGCUGCGUCAAAGGCAGGUGCACUGAGAGCUCCAAUCUGAAGCCACAUCUGAGCUCCGUCAAUAUGCAGAAUCUGAUGACUCUGGCGGAGAAUCUGCAGGCAUCGCCAAGUGGCAAGUACAAGAGCCAGGAAUCGUCUGGCUCCGGCUCCUCUGCCUCGGACAGCUCUGACAGUGACGAUGCGCCCGAUUCGCUGCCAGAAGAAGCCGCCGGCGCAGCAGGCGGAAGAGAACUGCAGCAACUGAAACAGUCGCCGGAUGGGCCGCCAGAGAUAUUUUCGAUACCAAAAUAUUCGCGAGGCGAGAAGAAAGCGCGUCGCUUGCUCAUGAAACUGGACCUGGAGCCGGUGCCAAAUGUCUCGCGCGUUACCAUGCGCAAGGCCAAGAAUGUGCUGCUGUGCAUCGAUCAGCCGGAGGUGUUCAAGUAUCCCAAUAGCAAGACUCUCAUCUGCUUCGGCGAGGUGCGCGUCGAGAAUGCCUCGAAUGCGGCUGCCGCCCAAGCAGCCGAACGCUACAUCAACGACGUGAAUGUGCGUACACCCCAGAUGCAGAAGGAUGGCAGCGAUGACCUCCUGGAGGCCCACGAGGGCGAGGAGGUGGACAUCGAGGCACUGGGCAGUGCACUGGACGAGAAGGACAUUGAGCUGGUGCAAAUGCAGGCUGGCUGCACGCGCUCCACGGCUAUCAAGGCGCUGAUCAAGCACAAUAGCGAUGUGGUCAAUGCCAUCAUGGAGCUGACUGUGGGCGUGGACAUCUAAGCACCGUCUGCAGCGCGUUUUGUUUUUAAUUCUAAAGUGUCGCAGUUGAAGUGUCAAUUAAAAAAAUAUUCAAAUUUGGUAUCAGUUACCAAUUGAUUAGAGAAUUUUGAAUAAUUGCUGAACUGAUUAGCCGAACGGAAAUUGCCUUAACAUUCUGCCUGGGGUUGAUCCCGCUGCAUUCUCCAUCGGCAUUUCAGAUGUCAUAUUAUUUUCUAGCCUAUGUAGUUCAGUUUUAUUUCAUAAAUAAUAUCAUCUCAGUAGCUCAGUAGUCAAUUGCUUAACUUAAGUUAGCCUUAAUUUUAUAUUAAAUCGAAUGUCUAAUCAAUAAAUAGUAAAUCAGUUCCAUCUGAUCAUUUAA